AGCAGCUCAUGCGGAACAUGAUGCCAUUCGGUAACACUCUUAUUUUAGUCCCGGCAAGCUCAGUCCCUGAGCUGAGAUAGAGGGACGAGUUGUAUUCACAAAUACUCUGUCAAGCCAAAGAGGCAAUGUACAGAUACCACUGGAGAAAAUAAGUGGAGAAUUUGUGGUGUACCAUUUAGACUGAGUGGAGAUUGUGGCUCACUGACAUACAGGAAUUUGAUAGAGAACAGCAGACGAUUGUUUUUUACUGAUAGCCUGCUUUUACCGUCUGUGUCAAGGAAAUUGGAACAGUAAAAAUCCAGGCUACGCUGCAAUGUCAGCUGGAAGGUAGCUUGUCUGGACCUUGCACCGAUUAUUUCUGUGAAGCGGAACACAGGUCAAGUGAGAUAGUAAGACGUGGAACGCAAUCAAAUGUCUUCACUUUUCACGUCCAUGUGAGCGACAAAAUGCAUUGUUUGUGAGUCAAGAGAUUACAAUGUGACGUGGCAGCCAUUAUACACCCAGGCUAUGCUAUGGUGAUGGACUAUGCCGGCAGAAGCACAAACAAUGCAGAUUAAACAGGAACUUGAGAUACAGGAGAGUCAUGAAAAGGGAGGUAACUCUCUCAUGGAGAAGGGGAAUGGAGAGAGCAAUGAUGAGGGGAAUGCGCCUAUUGUGAACCAAGUUGGCGUCGUUGAAACAGUUUCACCAGAUAAUUCAGGUAACAGCAGUCGUAUCAAUUCGCCAAAAGAAUUAAAAUCACCUGAUGUCGAUGCAGAGAAAUCCAAAGAAAUAUCAGCAUCGAUGAUUCAGCAGAAUGGAAGCGGGCAAAUUGUUCCAGGGACUCCAUUGGUGAUUCCACAGCCCUAUCUACACUUCCUGCAACAGACGAUGUUGCUGCAACAGCAUCAGCAGAUGUUGAAUGCUGUUGAUGUGACAGCAAGACUAGCAGAACAAGCGGACGAGGCGAACCAGUUGGGCGGGAUGGCGUUUCCCGAACGGGAGCGCCCCAGGGGGAAGAGCACGACAGAGACAGGGGAGACAACUGCAGAUACGGCAUCUGACGAUAGCAUGGAAUUUGAUGAUAACCUAUUUACUGAUGAAGAACUGGAAGAUAUGAUGAAGAAGAAAGGUGAUGGGAGAAUCCGACAUUCAGAAGGGAAAUCCAUGUUUGAUGCAGGUGGUCGCAACGUGAACCAAUAUGGCCGCGAAUUUACAAAUGGCCGUCCCCUGCCCGACCAUCUUCGCGUUCAGAUCCUUCAACUGGCACUGCAGGGGAUUCGUCCCUGCGAGAUAAGUCGCCAGUUGCAAGUGUCCCAUGGCUGUGUCAGCAAAAUUCUAAAUCGAUAUCGAAAGACCGGAAGCAUCAACCCUGGACAGAUUGGUGGCAGCAAACCCAAAGUGACAACGCCGGAUGUUGUGAGUCGAGUGCGCCAGUACAAGGCAGAGAACCCACAAAUGUUUGCCUGGGAAAUACGACAAAAACUGAUUGCUGAUGGGAUCUGUACCGAGAAAAACAUUCCUAGCAUUAGCUCCAUCAACCGCAUCAUCCGCGAUAAGGCCAUCCUCCACCGGCGAGGCUACGACAACUAUGAUGAUGGAGAUACGUCUCUCGGAGAAGACAUCUCGGUUGACACAGAGACCAUGCAGCGGCUGAUGGUCCAGAUGCCGGGUAUAGCCUCCACAAGCAGCUUCCCCCCGGCUGCCAUCACCUCAAAGGAUGUGAAGAGCGAGAGUCCAGGACGUCAGUCAGUCUCAACUUUCCUGUCACCAGAGAAGACCUGUUCUCCUACGACCUCCUUGACAGCCACAGACGACAGUCACCAAGGGGAGACAACUCCCAGAUCACAAGUCUCCCCUACCGUCGCCUCCGUUGCAUCUAGUAAUGGCCCCUCAGCAUCAAAUAUGUCUCAGAAGGUGAAAGAGGUGUCUCCAGAGAAGAACAAGGCAUGUUCAGAAACUCCACCAAGUGCAGUGGAAGAGGUAUCAGAAGCCCCAGACACAGCAGUCAAACCAGCAGAUGCUUCUCGAAGCGGAAAGGGCAAGCUGGAGAGCCAGCCAAGUCUUCAGGCCAUUAUCUCCAAACUUGCUCAAGUUCAGGCUGGGCUGGUGUCCAACAACAAGGAGGAAGUCAAGGAUGAGGAGACAUCUGUUGAGAAGAUCAAGGAGGAGAUAACAUCUGGAUCAGCAACUCCCAAUUCCUCAAGCCUAAGUCCUGCUAACAUUGCCGAAACUUUGAUGAGCUUGUCCCGAACCAGUGACCUGGCUGCUAUCUCUCCAGGUUCUGAUAUGUCUCCUUUAGCUGCUGCUGUCUCAAGUGCUGGAAUUGUUCCUCCAGCUUCUAGGCUCUCACCAAAGACAUCUCCCAGAAAGACUUCUGCAAGUCCAAAUGGACGUCCCAAAUCUCAUGAAAAGAAAUCUGAUCCUUCUCAUCCCAGUCGUCCGAACACCACCAGAACACCCACCCUGCCCCGAGUCCCAUCCAAUGGCACAAUGGUGAGUGCUUACUCUGCAGUUCAGUAUGACAAGUUCGGUUCAGUGCUUUAUGACUACAAUCUCCCUGACCGCGGUCUUGGAACGGGAGCAAUGGCAGCUCCAGUUACUCGCUUCCCGACAGUAUCACCACCUAAUGUGAUGAUGGGUUACUUUCCCUUCCCAGCAGCGGCAGCAGCUGCAGCUGCUGGCUGGCGAAUGCCUGGGACACCAACUGCAGUUGCAACAUCGAUUGAAAGUAUCCCAGGUGACGGCUCCGCAGGUGCUCCAUUAGAUUUAUCGGCAGCUCAUAAAGACUUGAGGUGUCCUGAAGUGUUGAAAACCAAAGAAAAGAAAGUAGAGAAAAUUAUGAAAGAAAAAGUAGCUGACAAAGUUAUCGAAAAGGUUGUGGAAAACUUGCCCGAAAAAGUUGUUGAUAAACCGAAAUCCUCAGAAAAAGUGAAAACUUUUGAAAAAGUCCCCGAAGAGGCCAGCCAGACCUCAAAACCCAAGUACGAGAAAAAUUUCCUCCUCUUUGGUGAUAAGGAGGUUGAAAUCAUAUCUGUUGCCAAGAAUCAGUGGAUUGUCCGAAAUGAAGCUGAACUUUACGCAAUUGCUAGGAGUAACGAAGCCAUGGAUGACGAAGGAGCUCGAAAUGUGCAGCGUGACAGUUCCUCUGAAGAACCUACAUCACCUACGUUGCAGCAUUUUAGUUUGAAAAGCGGUGUCGCUUCCGACACUCCCAACUUGCCACCCAUGAACUCUGGCCUGAAACGCCCACCAGACUCCUCAUCUGUAGAAGGGGCCUCGGGUCCCAAGGCCUCCAGACAGGCAGAGGCUACAGAACAAGGUGUCAGUGUAACAGUAUCUAGUGCUACGAUCGGUCAGCCAGAUUUGAGCUCCGCAUCAAACCCUUUACAGCCACAUGUGCCCAUUGGUCAGAUGGCCAACGGCAUGCUGGGAGUGUCAUGGCCACCUGGGAUGGUGGCGGGUUCAGGGGGAGAUGAGAGUGGUCACCUAGUCAGGAAUGAUACAGACACUAUGAAUGAGGGCGAUGACCCACAAACAUUGAAUAAGAAGUGCCCAGUUUUGCAGAAAAUGUUGAAAAAUGUCUGAAGUUGUGGCCCUGUGACCAUUUUCAGGAGUGUUAUAUUUUGUUUGACAAUCAUGGGGGGGGGGGGGGCUGAGGAGGGUAGUGGGUCAAUCCCAUGCUUCAGUUGAAACUGACAAUAUUCAUUGCAUUACAAACAUAUGUCAAAAUCUGAUUGAAAACUUGGCGAAACAUAACCCACGAGUACUAUUGACUUGAAAAAAGUGGAUAGAUAAAGCAAUGCUUGUCAAAAUGGCUUGGCGUAAUAUUAGAAAGGCACAAGGUGUCGAACUAGUUAGUCUGUGCAAAUUUACUUGUAAGCGAACUCAGAAAAUCCCCAUCUUGAAACUUAGCCUUUCUGGAAGAAAAAAAAGCAGUCAUUUCCAAAAUUGCUGACUAAGCAUAUUUUUGCAAGUAGAUAUGUUCUAUAUCUGCAACAAUUGCUUGUCAAAGGAAAAGAAACUCUUUUUAUCUAGAAUGUUGGUUGGCCCAGAAGGUGAAUCGCUUGCUGGAAGACUGGGUUUAUUCUCAGGGCUGCAAACCCUUCCUUGUCCAUCUGCAUGAUGGUAUUCCUACAGAAUUGCCAAAAUAGGCAUAGAAUCUAAGCUUUACCAUGAACGCAUGAAUUUUCUUGAGUAUGCUUACUGGUAUUCCUUGCUGAUUGACAGCAGAUGUAUUCACCUUCUAGGUGAAUAUUUGCAUAUCGUCAAGUGACUGUGUGAAGGUACAAAGUCAUUUGGCCAUGUAAAGGAAAGGUACACCAAACGUCAGGAUGCAUUUGAAAACUGACUAUAUAGAUAUGGCUGUGUUUAUAAAUCAAAAUAAAUCUUGACAAGAUUCCCUCCCAGUUCCCCGACGGAGGCAAUGAGACUGUAUUUUUAAACAGUGCGUUAGUGUUCAUUCAUUGUUGUAUAUUGUCAUUGGUCAUUUUUCCAUUGUCAACCAAAAUGUUUUCAAAACUUUGUCCCAGUGUUUCAAGGUAUGUAUUAAAUAUUGUUAGAGUUGUUUGUGGGUUGGAGAACCCAGAAUUAUGCCGUAAAUUUUAUGAUUAUUACAAAUAAAUUAUAUUUAUGACACUAACUCGAAACAGUAUUCCAUAAUGAUCGAAAGAAAGCCAAAUCUCAUUGAUUGCUGUCUGUGCUGUCAACUGUUGUUUAAGAAAUGAUGUUGGAUAUUAGUUGGGAUUCAGCUAUCGGUAUCUAGAUGUAGCACACGUUCAUAGAUUCACAAUAGCCAAACAGUCUUUUCCUUAAUACACUUUUGUAUUAUGGUAUCCAGAGCUACAAACUGAUAUUUAUAAACGUUUUAUUUGGAGCAUAUUUAACAUUGUGGUCUUUUGUAUAGAUAUGUUUGUGAGGUGUUCCAAUAUUUUAAAAAUGAGUCAAGACCACUAUAAAUUAAUUGUUAGAUUUUAGAAGAAAACAAUCAAAAUUGUGAGAGGGGAGGCAUUUAUCUUAUUCUAUUUCUUUUAAAACCUCACAUAUGUUAUGUAUGACAAGGAAUACAAUAUAUUUAAACAAGUAAUGAAAUGCACCAUGCAUAGUGAUUUUCUUUAUCUUGGGACAAUAAGAUGAUGUGGAGUUCAAAACCGAAAAUAUUUUCGGAUACCAACUUUCCAUUUUGUACCAUCAUAAUAUCAAUGUAGGUUCUCCUGUUACCUGGUAAUUUUUUGAUAGAAUCCCCUUUUUAGAGGGAGCCAUCUAUUUACGUGUCGUACAACAAUGAGUCCCAACUAAUACCAUACAGUCCUGUUGAAUCUUUUUGUUGUUGUAAGUAUUGUUAUUUUUUCAUAGAUUUUGAUGUCAAUUCACCAAAGACCUGUCUUAAUUCUUAAUGGCAAAUUGAAACAUAUCAAUAUUCCCCGUGAAACAGUUUUGAUAUCAUUUUCAUUGAAACUACACAAAAUGUAUAGCAAAAAGUACCAAAAAAAUCUGUUGAAUUAGAUUUGUACUAAUGUCUACAAAUUUCUGAAAAAGUAUUUUAAAUGCUGGUAUAUUUAUUCUGAAGAGUUUGUAAAUAUGAAUAUUCAGUGCUUACAAAGAAUUAAUAUAUCACGAAGACAAAAGUAACCAUAAACCUGGUUAAGGGGAGAUAACUGCAUUGAAAAGCUGAAGAUGUAUUUAUUAUUUAAUGUUUGUGCCAUAGUGCUAGAUGUUGAAGAAAAAGUUGAUAAAUUAAUUUUUCAACAAUUUGCAUGCUCCAAAUGUCCAAUCUAAACUUUAUUUUAUAUCACUGAAGGGUGUUGAAAUUUAAAAUCUGAAUUUUUGAAAAUUAUGAGUAUAAUCCUGUAUUUGUGAUAACAUAAGAGGUGAAUGAUUUUUGUGAAUUCUUGGUGAAGUGAAUUUGCCUGUAUUAACCAAGCAUGGUCACUAUUCAGAUGAAAUUUUAAUUCAACUGCUACAGUAAUUAAACCCACAACUUUUUUUCAUUUGAUAGACACUACAUAUCAUUUAUUCAACUUGCAUGGUUUCAUAUACAAUAUAUUGCACAUGUGGUGAUAGAGACUUAAAUGUUGCACAGAAUUUUGUACUUGCUCUGUGUGUAUGUAUUUAAUAGACGAUACCAAAGACUUUGUAGAUUGAAUUUUUUCAAUGUUUUUAAGACAAAAGAUGAAAUCUUGUGAUAUUUAUCUGUAGCUGAGAUAAGAUCUUAUUUUGUUCCUUUUCCCAUCUCUGCUCAUGUCAUGGCUCUUCCAAAUGCAAGUUCGCCCUAGCAACCACAGAUGUUUGUUUUUGUAUACAAGACGACAAUGUUUACAUGGUACCGUAGUCAAGGUAGUUAGCGCACAUCAGUUAAUAACCACGUCCUCUAAUCCAAGCAUCCCCACCUCACAUCCCUAA